AUGACUCACACAGAGCAACGAGAACAGGGCGUUUCCACGACAGCAGCACGCCACCGCCCGGAACGCCACCGCCCCGGAACGCCACCGCCCCGGAACGCCACCGCCCGGAACGCCACCGCCCCGGAACGCCACCGCCCCGGAACGCCACCGCCCCGGAACGCCACCGCCCGGAACGCCACCGCCCCGGAACGCCACCGCCCCGGAACGCCACCGCCCGGAACGCCACCGCCCGGAACGCCACCGCCCCGGAACGCCACCGCCCCGGAACGCCACCGCCCCGGAACGCCACCGCCCCGGAACGCCACCGCCCGGAACGCCACCGCCCGGAACGCCACCGCCCGGAACAAUAGUUUUUACAAUUUGUUUUGGGAUUUUAAGGCUUGA